AACAGCUUUUUAGCAGGUUCACUCAAGUAUAAAAACAAGAUGCUGCUGCUCCUUGUUCUGGUGGCUGUCGUUGUGACUUUCAACAGUAAUAUCAUCGCACCCACUUACACGAAUAUCAAGGUGUUGCCGGCUCUACUAAUACCAAUUCUCUGCCAGCUUUCUUGCACUCACACCACAAUCAGCCAUGACCAAAAUGAACCUGCACGACUUCGUUGACUCGCUGAAGCUGCCAGACCACAAGGCAAGUCAACUCAGGGCCUCACUCGAGAAGGAUCAUGAAGUUAUCUCCUUUUUGGCGUCCCGCGAGGCCACUUCAUCAACCGAGAGCAGCAGCGCCCUCAUCUCACCGGCCUGCCUUACCCUGCGAAUUGCUCUCGAGCCUGAGGAGGUCAUCACCGGAGAUGACUUGACGCAAGUUAUCAACAGUUCCUGGCCGGCAACUACUUGGGCAACACCAGCGUGCGUCGUGCUUCCCAACUCUGCAAAGGACGUGUCCAUCACACUCAAGAUCAUCAAGUUCUUUUGUGUCAAGUUUUCGGUCCGUAGCGGAGGCCACUCGCCGAACCCGGGCUGGUCCAGUGUUGCGGCGCCGGGCAUCCUCAUCGACCUCCAGCGGCUCAAUCACAUCAACGUCAGCAGCGAUGCUACUACGGUUACCGUUGGAGCCGGGCAGAAGUGGGGGAAUGUGAUUGAGGCUUUGGAUGCUCAUAAAGUCACCGUCAUUGGCGCCAGAUCGCCGGGGGUUGGGGUCGGGGGUCUCAUUCUUGGAGGGGGUUACUUCCAUUUCUCGCCAGAGUUUGGCCUGGCUUGUGACGAUGUCAAGACAUUUGAGGUGGUUCUCGCCAACGGGUCCGUCGUCCAAGCGUCGGCAACCAACAACCCGGGUUUGUUCUGGGCACUGAAAGGCGGCGGCUCCAACUUUGGAAUUGUAACCUCGUUUGAGCUCUACACUGUCCCUGUUCACGAGGUGUGGGUUGAGGGCCUCGCCUUCUCCCCUGCGCAGGUACUCGCCGUGUUCGAUGCCUACGCCGCUUUCCAGAAAAGCCCGACGCCAGACUUAAAGGCUACCGUCAGUGUAGUAGUCUCGCUCGAUAUUGUCCUGGUGGCGUUGCUCUACUCGGCCUCCGCCUCAAGCAGGCCCGCAGCGUUUGCCCCUUUUGAGAACCUAUCGCCGCUUACCGUUGUCGUGCCGCCAACGAAUACUACCGUCUGGCAGUUCAUGCAGAUAGCCUCUGCGACGCAGGCCACUGAUGCUACGCGCCAUGACUACCGCGCGGCCUCAUCCAAGAUCAAUGCCAAGCUCUACACGGAUGUAUACAACAGCUGGGUCCAGCAGGCGACCCAGGUGAGGGCAGCCACGGGUGCGAACCAGACCUUUACGAUCCAGACCUUCUCAGGAAAUCUGGUUCAGCAGGGCAUUAACAAGGGCGGGAACCCGCCCGGCAUGCCUCUUGAGGACUUUCAAUGCUGGACGACCCUCGUCGACUGGACCAAUGCCGCCGACGACGAUGCAGCUCGCAGCGUGAGUAUAGAAACGGAGAAGACCUGGAACAAGCUGAGCCGGGAGCGGGGUUUCGCGGUCGACUUCCUCUACAUGAACGACGCAUCGCGCGAACAGAACCCGCUCGCUUCCUACGGAGCCGCCAACAUUGCGAAACUCAAGUCCAUUGCUGCCAAGUAUGACCCUACCCGGGUGUUCCAGACAUUGCAGAAUGACGGCUUCCUCCUGCGGGAUGUGUGAGACGGCACUUAUUCCGUGUGACAUGCGGAGGGUUGCCGGUAGGGCUGAACCGAGGGGUUGAGGGGUGCUUAGGUGGCCGGCCAGCGGGUGAUAGGAGCCGUCCCGCAUCUUGUUCCAUUUGUACCAGGUAAAUACCUAGAUGUGAAAGCAGACCAUGACUUGGGCCUGGAUUACGAGCGGCAGUACUGCCCAUCAAGG